AUGUCUGGGGAUGAGGGAUUGUUCAUUGCUGCCAAAGUUCAAGAUACCCCUAUGUCAUUAUUGGUGGACACUGGAGCCAGUGUCACCAUUUUAAGUGAAAAAUCCUUUCAAUCAAUGAAUCCCUCCAAACACACAAAAAUUACCCCAGUUAAUACAAAAUUGGUUACUGCAACUGGAACCACUUCCUCUUUUAUUGGUCAGACUCGUGUUGAAAUACAAAUUGACCAGCACAAAUUUUUCCAUGACGUCCUUGUUGCUGACAUAAAUAAUGAUGUCAUCCUUGGUAUAGAUUUUCUAACCGCCAACAAAUGUGAUGUACUCUUAAGUAAAAGUUGCCUUGAUGUACAAGGUGAUAAAAUACCCUGUUUUAGAUAUUCAAAUGAAGUAUCUACCUGUUGCAGAAUUACUGUGACAGAAAAUGUUGUUGUUCCCCCUGGGACUGAAAUGAUAGUUCCAGGUAGAUCUACCGGUCAUGUCAACAAAUGUGCUGCCAUUUUGGAGCCCACCAAUACUUUUGUGGAAAAACAAGGUCUUAUGAUUGCUAGGUCUUUAGUACAUCCUAGUCAAGGUAUCGUACCACUAAGAAUACUGAACUUGCAAGAUGAACCAUGCAAAAUUUACAAAAAUACUGUCACCGCCACUUGUGAGCCGGUAAAUAAUAGUGACAUACAAGAAAAACCAACUACUGUCACACCAACAUCAUACAACAUACCAUUGAUACUGGAAAUGUCCACCCCAUAA